AUGGUUUCCUUGAUCUCUAAGAAGAGAAAGCUAGUCGCUGACGGUGUUUUCUACGCCGAAUUGAACGAAUUCUUCACCAGAGAGUUGGCCGAAGAAGGUUACUCCGGUGUGGAAGUCAGAGUGACCCCUACCAAGACUGAAAUUAUCAUCAGAGCCACCAGAACCCAGGAUGUUCUAGGUGAGAACGGUAGAAGAAUCAACGAGUUGACUUUGUUGGUCCAAAAGAGAUUCAAGUACAAGCCAGGUACCAUUGUUCUUUACGCUGAGAGAGUGCAGGACCGUGGUUUGUCCGCUGUUGCUCAAGCUGAAUCCAUGAAGUUCAAGUUGUUGAACGGUUUGGCCAUCAGAAGAGCUGCGUACGGUGUUGUCAGAUACGUUAUGGAGUCUGGUGCCAAGGGCUGCGAAGUGGUCGUCUCCGGUAAGUUGAGAGCCGCCAGAGCCAAGUCCAUGAAGUUUGCUGACGGUUUCUUGAUCCACUCCGGUCAACCAGUCAACGACUUCAUCGACACCGCUACCAGACACGUGUUGUUGAGACAGGGUGUGUUGGGUAUCAAGGUUAAGAUCAUGAGAGACCCAGCUAGAAGCAGAACCGGUCCAAAGGCGUUGCCAGACGCUGUCAAGAUCGUUGAGCCAAAGGAGGAGGAGCCAAUCUUGGCUGCUUCCGUCAAGGACUACAGACCAGCUGCCGUGCAACAACAGGAAGAGGAGCCUGAACAGGCUGAGGCUGUCGAGGCUGCUGCCUAA